CAUUAAGCUUCGAUCUGUCUACCCAAACUUUGCCUUGGAAAGAAAAGAAACAAAUAAAACCUCAAAUUUUAAUUUUGUAUAUAUAAAUACAUCACAUUAAUUAAUUAAUUGAGUAUAAAUUUCUCGGUAAGAACCGAACCCCACAACACCCGCGUGGAAUUGCCGAAGAAGAAAAUUCUCGUACGAUUUUUUUCGUUAAUUAAUUUAUUCAAGAACCGUUUCUAAAAAUCAGACGUUUGAUCUCGUCUUCUUCUCCCUCGUUUUGAGUUUCGUCUUCUCCGAUUGACAGUGACAUUACUGAAAAUCUUCAAUCUCUGUUGCAGACCAAACCCUAAUUUACCAAACCAUCUGCAUUUCCCCUUAUCAACCGGCCGAUUUCGACGCCGCCGUUUCCUCCUCCUUCUAUGAUUCUUCCCCCCAAUCUCUCAUCCUCUUUCAUCCGUUCUACAAGUUCCUAUGUUUUCUGAUUUCCAAUUUUGCAUUUCGUCACUCCGAUGUGCAAGUCUAAGAAGAGCACAGACGUGAUCGAUCCCGCUAGCCCUAGAUCUUCUCGCCAUCAACGAACCUCCAAAUCCUACGCCUCUUCUUCCUAUGCAGAUCCUUCCGCUUCUGCCAAUUUCACCAGCUACAAUAUCACCACCACCGAUACUAAGUCCAGCACUAAGGGUUCCUCCAAAUCUUCCGCUUCUAGUCGGGCUUCGCUUGCUAGUUUGAAAGAUUCUCUUCCCGAUAAUCCUCUCAUUUACGAGUUCUCUGAGAUUCGUUCUGCUACCAACAAUUUCCUCUCUAAACCGUUCUCCUCCUCCUCCUCGUCAUCUUCCUGGCGGUGCUUAAUUAGGGGAAAAGACGUUAUUGUCUUCCAGCGGAAAUUGCUUCGCCCGAUUGAGCUGCCGGAGUUGAAGUAUCAAUUGUCUGUUAUCUGCCGGAGCCAUCAUAACAGUUUGGUGAAGCUCCUUGGCGCGUCGAUUUCGGGGAAUUACGUUUAUCUGGUGUAUGAAUUUAUCGCUGGAGCAAGCCUGGCGGAAUGUCUACGGAAUCCGAGAAACCCCAAUUUUACCGUCCUAUCGACGUGGAUUUCUCGGAUGCAAAUCGCUACGGAUUUAGCGCACGGACUUGAUUACAUCCAUCAUUGUUCUGGAUUGAACUCCAAAUUCAUCCACAAUCACGUCAAGAGCUCCAGCAUUGUAAUCGCGGAGGAAACCCUAACUCCGAAGAUUUGCCACUUCGGUACCGCGGAGCUCUGCGGCGAGUUAGCAAUGGCAGAGGAGGAGAGGGAAGAAGAAGAAAGAGAUGAAUUAGAGAUUACGACUUACAGGCGGCCGAAGCGGUCCAACAGUAAGAAGAUGAAAUUAGAAGGGACGAGAGGGUACAUAGCGCCGGAGAUGAUGGCGAACGGGACAAUGAGUCAGAAAGUCGACGUUUAUGCGUUCGGAGUGGUGGUUCUGGAACUGAUCUCCGGCAACGAGGCAUUGAAGUACAUUUUCGAGGAGGGGAAUCGCGGCGGAUAUGUGAGACUGAGUGUGAUAGAGACGGCAAGAAAGGCGGUGGAGGGUGGGAUCGGGGGGGUUCGGACAUGGGUUGACCGAAGAUUGAGGGACUCUUUUCCGGUGCAGGUGGCGGAGAAAAUGGUGGUUGUCGGGUUGGAAUGCGUGGAAGAGGACCCAGAUAAGCGGCCGGAUAUGGGUCGGGUCGCUGGAAAGAUUUCGAAGCUGUUUCUGGAAUCUAGCCGGUGGGCUGAAAGCAUUGGGAAAUCUGUAGACAUGUCGGUUUCGCUUGCCCCUCGGUGAAAGGUGAUAGUGAAACGACAGUCGGCACACACUGCCAUUGCUUAAAUUUCUUUUUUCUUUCUUUUUCUGAUACCUCGUAACUAAUUGAUUUUUGUUUUAUUGCACAUAUUUCCGGUGAUUUUGGUUUAUGGGGUAGGCUAUUGGAAAAAGUGUUCAUUAGAUUCUUGGGAGAUUUUAACCUUUUUUAUUUUUUUAUUUUUUUAAUGGGGCGAUUUUGGGAUAUUUGAACAUUUAUAUGUACAUUCUUUUUUAUCUAUUGAGAUGAAUUGUUUAUA